UUGAGAAGGAGGACUGAAAUAAUUCUAAAAAUGUCAGUUCUCGUAUUUCGUAUCGCCAUUUUGGAUUGAGAUAAAGAAAGAAAAUCAAGAAACAUCCCCUUCGUAGUGAAAUAUUAAAGCGAAAUCUACUAGAAUUGGAAUACAAAGUGUGCAAUAGACUUAUUUCAGAUAAUAUUUUCGUGCCAGUUACGGAACAAGUGAAGUUGAUAGUUUUGUUUUGAUUAGUUAGCAACCAAACUAAAAAUGGCGUGUGCAACAUUGAAAAGAUCUUUGGAUUGGGAGCCCGUUUUGGGCGGACGGCCUGCGAAACGGAGGCGAUGUGUACCUUUCUGUUCGAGCCCCACACAAAGCGGAAUUGGAUCUCCAGGACCUUCGAGCAGUCCAACGGGAUCUUCGUCACCCAAGAGCUCAGUAUUUCCUGACGUUUUGAGCAAAACUUUGACUCCAGAAAACUUAAUCGACAAUCUAAAAACAGAAAUCAAAAGAUUGCAGAAGAGAAAACAACUACAGUACAACUGCAUGGAAACAUCAGAUGGAAGCAGUUCAGGUGGAGAAUCAUCUGAAUCUCCGUCUAGAUCAGAGAAGCCAUUAUUUACUUUUAGACAGGUGGGCAUGAUAUGCGAGCGUAUGCUUAGAGAACGUGAAGUAGAAAUUAGAGAAGAAUAUGACAAUGUUUUAACAGCCAAGCUAUCCGAGCAGUAUGAUGCCUUCGUUAAAUUUACCUAUGAUCAAAUCCAUAGAAAUUAUACCAAUACAGCAGUACCAAGUUACCUAUCGUAAGACGUGACGAAGUUUUCCAAGUCCGUAUAGCACUAAUGCUCUAGCCACUCUAUACAUUUAUUUAAAUAUCGUUUAUACACAUACGUUCACAUUACAUUAAUGACGAAUACAAGAAAACCGUAUAUAUUUGCCAGUCGCAAGAUGCCUUAGAAAUUUAUAUAUGUAUGUAUGAACAUAAUUAUAAUCCUUACAUUCUUGCAGACAGACAAAUUUUGUAUAUAUAUACUUAAUAUACCAUCAUUUUUGUAAUACUUUAGGUUGAUACGCAUAUUAUACUUGUUAUUUUUCUUGUACAUAUGUCUUUUGAUUUGCGUAUGGCUCGAGAUUUUUUAUGUCAUAGUGAUCGUUUAGACAGUUAGUUUGGCGCGAAGCAAAAAAUAUUCUUACAGAACUAGCCGGGCACGUUUUCUCGAACAAGAUGCAUUCCUGACGCUAGGCCAAAUGGCGGGUAACGAGACCCAAGAACGCCUAUAUAUGAUUCUGUAUUUGAUUUUCUAUAAUAAAUAUUGUUCCGACGA